GAUAGCACUGAUGCAUCACCCUUCGUCACAGAUUGCUUCAUGGGCAACAGGCUGUCGGAUGGAAGUGCGCCGCGAGGCAAUGCCGUCCUGCUGCACUCGGAUGACGAGAGCGAGAGCUCCCGAAACCUGAGCAUCUGCAGCCUGGACUCUGAGCUGCCAAAGUCCAAAGAAGGCUGUCUCAGCAUUCCGGGGCUGGAGCUGGUAAAGGCUUCCCCGGUGCCGAGCCAGGAUGCUAGUCCGCCUGUGGCUGCUCCUGGUGGCUACAUAGAAGCCGCUCCAGAGCGGCAGCAGCCCAGAUGCAGCAGCCUCGUCGUGCCUCAGGCCACCAGCAGCCCGCGCCGAACCUGGGGUAGCACCGGCUGCCUAGCGAACAAAGCGCAGUCGUCGUCGCCCUUGAAGCGCAGAUGUCAGCGUGUGCAGACAUUGCCUGCAGGUUUAUGCACAGAUGACUCUCUGCCUUCAAGGAGCAUCAAGGGCCUGGAAGAAGGGCAGAAGAUUUAUGACGUCUACUACUGGGAGCAGGUGAUUCAGGAAGAUGGGGACGGAGGCAAGGUAGUCUUCUGCCGGAAGAAGGAGGAUGAGGCGGAGAACAAGGAGUUCAACAAGGUCAUGAAGAUCAAGUCCAAGUUGAAGCUCCAGAAAGAGGGAUUCGGUGAGCAGUACCGGAAGGUGCUUGCGAAAAUGAUGUCGCUUCCACCUCAUCCUGGGAUCAUGCCAGUGGAGGAGGCGUUAGAGGAUGACGCCUUCUACUACGUGGUGGCGCCCAGAGCCAGCAACAGCUUCUUCGCCGGGCUGCUGCUGGACUUUGAAGAUGGCGUGGUGCCGGAAGCCGCCCUGAGGAGCCUGAUGACAGACAUGCUGGAAGCCCUGGAUCAUUUGCACAGCCACGGUGUGUUGCAUCGCGACAUCAAGCCUGACAACAUGGUCCUUCAGGCCGAAACGGACGAAGCCACGGGCACGCAGAGAAGGAGAGUCGUGCUCAUCGACUUCGACCAUGCUGAUUCCGAUUUUCCCAACAAUGGCAGCGAGCAAGAGCGGAUCUACGGGACAAGGAGAUUCAACGCACCAGAGACAUACCUCUGCACCUUUUCAAGGCAGAGCGAUCUCUACAGCGUAGGUGUAGUCUUCUACAUGCUGAUGACUGGCAAGAUGCCCUACAGCGACGAGCUCUUCGAUGGCCUCAGCCAGAUUCAUCAGCAGCAGCCCGGCCCCAGGAUCCUCUCUCCGCGGGCCAUUUUUCAGGAUACCUUUCAGCGCCUCAGAGAUGCCGAGGUGGAUUGGAACUGCGACCCUUGGCCGCUGCAGCCAGUGAGCAUGGACCUCUGCAAGCAGCUUUUAGCCUUCAGCCCCGCCUUGCGCCCUCGAGAUGCUCGAGCGGCGCUGUCGCAUCCCUGGUUCCUCUAGCAGAAUGCGCGGGCCCUUCUCGCCGCCUCUCGGGGCGAUGUGCAGCUGGUAGGGGGCUGGAGGCAACCCGGGCCACGCGCAUCAAGCACCCAGCAAAGCGGAACUUGAACGAGCCUUCCAAAAGCGUCUCAGCCUGUCUUAAGAUUCUUGAGCUUUCGAAUCAUUGUAAAAUUGCAGACUGUUUGGCUCGCGUUGGAACAGGGCGCGGCCUAGGCUGAAAUACCAAGGCCCAAGGCGUUUGGCGCCCUAAUCUGGUCGAAGUUACGGGAUGGUUGGAACCAUCCCUGGCCGACCUUGGAUCUCAUAGACUGUCAGAGACAGGCGAGGUCUGUCGGCUGCGUUUUGCUCUGACUACCUCAAGCCUUGAGGCAACAGGAAUCGGUCGGAGAGACAAAUUAUUAGAGCACGGCGAGCAGUGGGAAAGCAACAGAGCUUUCGACACUGGCGAGUCAUGCGUUGAAUCGGGCAUGGCUCCUGUCUGUCAGGGCAUACAUGCCA